CUACUUCACUACAACAACAACAACAACAACUAACCUCUCCCUCUAUUUUCUUUCCCCCGCGGACUUUUCCUCCUUCCUUCUUCGUUUUUUUCUUUAAUGGUUUUUUUCCCCAUUGCCCCUUCUUCUACUCUCCCCUGUCUUUGUCUGUCUCUAUCCCUUCGCCAUAAGCAAGAGAUCUUCCGGGACCUCCCCGUCUCCAAGUAAGGAAUUCUUCUCCCCCCUGCAAAUCCACAUUACCGAUACCAGUAUACCACCGCCUUUGAUUCUGUCGGCGGGAGAUUGCUUCCUCUUCUACAAAGUUCCGUGCUUGCUUGACUUGUUCAACUCCCCCAAAUCUGGCGGUUGAUUGAUUCGCCAGCUAAAAACCUUCUCUGGGUCUGCAACUCUCUGCUAUUUUGCGUACUGGGUUGAGUCCCCUUUUUUAUUUCCAGUUAGUGCAGAGAAGGUGAUCGGCGAAAUGCUUGUCUGAGAAAAGGUGGGAGGAGGAUUGUUGGUGUUUUUUUCCCCCCUUCCUCUUUCCUCUUUGAUUUGUUUUGUCAGAGAUAGGGGAGCAGGGGAAACAAAAUGGGGAGGAGGAAGUUGAGGUUUAGCAACUUGUAUUCUUUCUCAUGCUUCAAAUCACCAGCGACUGAUGAUCAUGCUCAAAUCGGGCGAAAGGGUUACUCCAGGGUGGUUUACUGCAACGACCCUGAUAAUCCAGACUCACUUCAGCUCAAUUACAAGGGGAAUUACGUCUCCACCACCAAAUACACGGCGGCCAACUUUAUUCCCAAGUCGUUGUUUGAGCAGUUUAGGCGGGUCGCCAACUUGUAUUUCCUCGUUGUGGCUUUCGUCUCCUUCAGUCCACUGGCUCCUUACAAGGCUGUCACUGUUCUUGCGCCUCUGCUUAUGGUGAUUGGAGUUACCAUGGUCAAGGAAGCCGUUGAAGAUUGGCGGAGAAGGAAACAGGAUGUAGAAGCUAACAAUAGGAAGGUGAAAGUGUUUGGAAAGAGUUAUACAUUUACAGAAACUAGAUGGAAGCAUCUCAAAGUUGGGGAUGUGGUUCAAGUUGAUAAGGAUGAGUAUUUUCCUGCUGAUCUUCUUCUGCUUUCUUCAUCCUAUGAAGAUGGAGUAUGUUAUGUGGAGACGAUGAAUCUCGAUGGAGAGACUAACUUAAAAUUGAAGCAUGCUCUGGAAGUCACUGCCUAUCUACGUGACGAAGAAUCUUUGAAGCGACUCAAGGCCAUGAUCAAAUGUGAAGACCCGAAUGAAAAUCUCUACUCUUUCAUCGGGACAUUGCAUUACAACGGGAGUCAGUAUCCGCUCUCGCCGCAGCAGAUUCUCUUGAGAGAUUCGAAGCUCAAGAAUACUGACUAUAUCUAUGGUGUUGUGAUUUUUACUGGCCAUGACACGAAAGUGAUGCAGAAUUCCGUGGAUCCUCCUUCAAAGAGGAGCAAAAUCGAGAGGAGAAUGGACAAGAUUAUUUAUAUCCUUUUCAGCACGCUAAUCGCUAUAUCUGGUGUUGGUUCUGUGAUUUUUGGGAUUGAGACCAGGAGAGAUUAUGAAGAUGGGAAGUAUAGAAGGUGGUAUCUUCGACCAGAUCAUACUACUUCGCUCUAUGAUCCUCAAAGGGCACCACUUGCUGCUUUCUUACAUUUCUUGACAGGACUCAUGUUGUAUGGGUACUUGAUACCAAUAUCGUUAUAUGUGUCGAUUGAGAUAGUGAAGGUCUUGCAGAGUGUUUUUAUCAAUCGAGAUCAAGAAAUGUAUGACGAAGAAUCGGACAGGCCAGCACGUGCUAGAACAUCUAAUUUGAAUGAAGAACUUGGUCAGGUUGAUACUGUGCUCUCUGACAAGACCGGUACUUUGACAUGUAACUCAAUGGAGUUUGUGAAAUGCUCGAUAGCUGGGAAUGCCUAUGGCCGGGGUAUGACAGAAGUAGAAAGAGCUCUCUUGCAAAGGAAAAGUGGGAAGCCAGUAGUAGAAGCUGAUGAUUCAUGUAAUGAUUCGAAUGACUUGGGAAAGUCAGUGAAGGGGUUUAACUUCAGAGAUGAACGCUUAAUGAAUGGGUGUUGGAUUCACGAACAAGAUUCUGAUAGGAUACGGAUGUUCUUUCGAGCAUUGGCACUUUGCAACACGGCAGUUCCGGAGGAAGACAAAGAGUCACAUGGUGUGUUUUAUGAAGCUGAAUCACCAGAUGAAGCGGCAUUUGUUGUAGCUGCUAGGGAGAUGGGGUUUGAGUUGUAUGAAAGGACACAAAUGACCAUAUCACUGCAUGAGUUGGAUCCCGCGUCUGGUAGACGUGUUGAUAGAGUAUACAAGCUUCUUAAUGUUUUGGAAUUCAGCAGCUCACGGAAAAGAAUGUCUGUGGUUGUAAGGAGUAUGGAAAAUCAGCUCUUACUCCUAUCCAAGGGCGCAGACAGUGUAAUGUUUGAGAGGCUCUCGGAACAUGGGCGAGCUUUUGAAGCUGAGACCAAGGAGCACAUAAAAAGAUAUGCUGAGGCAGGUCUCCGAACCCUGGUAGUUGCAUAUCGUGUGCUUGAUGAAACUGAUUAUUGUAAUUGGGAAGCAGAAUUCACAAAAGCGAAAACAGCAGAAACUGCAGACCGUGAUAUGUUGGUGGAUGAACUCGCUGAUAAGAUUGAAAAUGGUUUAGUUCUGCUUGGUGCAACAGCUGUUGAGGACAAAUUGCAGAAAGGGGUUCCAGAGUGCAUUAACAAACUUUCACAGGCAGGGAUUAAUAUAUGGGUCCUAACUGGUGAUAAGAUGGAAACCGCGAUAAAUAUUGGUUAUGCUUGUAGUUUACUUAGACAAGGGAUGAAACAGAUAACCAUCACAUUAGACUUGCCGGAUAUUGAUGCAUUGGAGAAACGAGGGGACAAAGAGGGUGCUUCUAAGGCUUCUCUUGAAAGUGUAUCGAAGCAAAUCAACGAGGGAAAAUUCCAAAUGACUUCUGCUAAAGCAAGUUCAACGGAACUGAGUUUGGUUAUUGAUGGAAAGUCUUUGGGCUAUGCCCUCGACAAGAAGCUGGAGAUGUCCUUUUUGGAGCUUGCCCUCAGUUGCGCUUCUGUCAUAUGUUGUCGGUCUACUCCUAAACAUAAGGCUCUUGUCACAAGAUUGGUUAAAACAAGAACAGGUAAAAUGACGUUAGCUAUAGGCGAUGGGGCAAAUGAUGUCGGCAUGCUCCAGGAAGCUGACAUUGGAGUCGGCAUAAGUGGUGCUGAAGGAAUGCAGGCUGUGAUGGCAAGUGAUUAUGCAAUAGCACAGUUCCGUUUUCUUGAACGUUUGUUGCUAGUUCAUGGUCAUUGGUGCUACAGGAGAAUAGCCAUGAUGAUCUGUUACUUCUUCUACAAGAACAUUGCAUUCGGGUUUACAUUGUUCUGGUACGAGGCGUAUACAUCUUUCUCUGGCCAGCCUGCCUACAACGAUUGGUACAUGUCAUUCUACAAUGUCUUCUUCACUUCACUUCCGGUAAUCGCCCUUGGAGUUUUCGACCAGGAUGUCUCAGCCAGGCUCUGCCUUAAGUAUCCAGUACUAUACCAAGAAGGCGUCCAGAACAUCCUCUUCCGUUGGUCCCGAAUCCUUGGCUGGAUGUGCAACGGAGUCCUAACCUCCAUAAUCAUAUUCAUCUUCACCACAAACUCCAUGAUCAAGCAGGCACUCCGUGAAGACGGGCAAGUGACCGACUACGCAAUCCUCGGUGCAACCAUGUACACGUGUGUGGUAUGGGCCGUGAACUGCCAGAUGGCGCUCUCGAUCAACUACUUCACCUGGAUCCAACACUUCUUCAUCUGGGGGAGCAUCGGCUUCUGGUACAUAUUCCUCAUCAUGUACGGCUACGUCUCCCCAACCCUCUCCACGACGGCUUACAUGGUCCUUGUGGAGGCUUGCGUCCCAAGUCCUCUCUACUGGCUAGUCACGGUGCUCGUCGUGGUGUCAGCACUGGUGCCUUGCUUCGCGUACAGGGCGUUCCAGUCCAGGUUCCGUCCCAUGUACCACGACAUCAUACAGAUACGGCGAGCUGAAGGGUCGGAGGAGAUCGAAUCAGGUUCUUCUGUUUCGGGAGAGUUGCCUAGAGAUGUGAAGUUGAGAGUGCAGCAUUUGACAGAGGGGUUGAUAACUAGGAAGUCGUAGCUUUUGGUGGAAUCCCAGUUGUUGUUUUAGAAUUCUUUUGUCUGUUUGUUCAAGUUUUUCUAAAGGGUUACACAGAGAGUAGCUAGGUUUGUUAAAGUUUCAACCUUAAGUUGAAUUCGUGGAUUAGCAGUAGGAGGAAAGGGAAGAGAGUAGAUUGUAAGUGUGCCCGUGUGGGAGGAGUGACAGGUUAUAGUGUUAUCCUCUGCAGCUUGUAGAUAUGCGAGUGAGAGUUGUAAAGUUUCUAUCUGUAUAUAUGUCCAAUUCAGGCUUUACUUGGGUUAUAAGUUAUAACAUUGGAGCAUCCUCAAUUGUGAAUUGCAGCAGAUUGGUCAUUUGAAAGAACUUGAAUGGCAGGUUCGUGAUUUGACUGAAUUACCGAAAUGAAAAACAAUUACCGAACUCAAACCCUAGCCUUUGCCGCCGUCGCCCCUCCAACUCCAUUCUCGCCGGUAAAUGUGGACUCUACUUAGCUUGCGUUGUCGCUUUGGAGUAGGCAUCGAUCAAUGCGCUCUCAGGUAGGGCUGCAAACGAGCCGAGUCGAGUCAAGUUUUUGCUUAGCUUGAGCUCGGCUCGUUUAUAAAUUUUUUAGCUCGAGCUCGGCUCGAACUCGAAUUUUGAUUAUCCAGCUCAAGCUCGAGCUCGACUCGAUUAAAAAUAAUCCAGCUCGAGCUCGGCUCGAUAGAGCUCGGUAAAUGCUCAUUAACACAGCUUGUCAAGCUGAGUACAAGCUCGGCUCAAGAUAAGCUCGAUUUGAAACCAUUCUUGCUGAAAAUGUGUACAAAUAAGAACAUUAGAAAUUAAAAAUAAUAAAAAGAACACUAAAAACUAAAAAUAACAUCUAACUUCCAUACGCAUACUUAUUAAAAAGAUAAUUUUCAUGUUCAGAAAGAGUAAUUAAUCCUUCCACAAGCUUUAAACAAGCCAGCUCACGAGCUUAGCUCAACAAGCCACCGAGUCAAGCUAGCUCACGAGCUUAUCAAGCCGAGCAUGGCCUAGCUCAAGCUUGGCUCGUUUACUAACGAGCCGGCUCGCGAGCUGGCUUGUUAAACAACGAAUCGAGUGUCGAACGAGUUUUUUUCGAUUCGAACACCGAAUUGCUCGCGAACAGUUUGGCUCAUUUGCAGCCCUACUCCCAGGCCGCUGUGGGUACUCGGCUGAAGCUCCGUAACAUUGACGACGAUCCUAGUUCUGGGCAAGAAUGGAGUUUGGCAAAUCUCUCCUCAAUCAUCAAUGCCCUUAUCUUGAAGGAGGUGCUAUGUUUUUCUAGAGCAAAUCUUCUCUCUGUCGAUCGCUUGGACGACGAAUCAAACAGAGUUGAUGUUGAUGAUGGUGAAGAUGAUUCGGAUAAGCAGAUAAUUAGCGCCAUUUCAGAUGGGUUCGGAGAAGAAAGAAAUGGCGCAAGAGCUUGCUUGUUUGUUCUCACUAAAGCCCGCGCAAUUCGUCCCUCGUCCAGAUGAUGGACUGAGUUUUCUGUACUCCAAAGUCCAAACUCUUCUUUCUCAACGUAGGCUUGGCCCGAAGGUUCUGGUUUGGUUACUUGGCUGAUUAUGAUGGGCCGAACGUGGGAUUUGGACCACAAAAUAUCAAAGCCCAACGGGUAAUCUAGGAGUAGGAGACCAAUGGACUGGAUGUUGACUGGUGGUGGCACCGCUAACGGCUUGGCCUGGCCAUAGUCCUUCUAGUUGCAUAGAUGAAGGCAAUGAAGCUAUCCAUCCUUCUUGUAAAUCUCUUAUACGCUCGUCUUGACCAGCGGCGUAUUCAGAACAUAGAACACUAUACUGUAUUUAAAUAUAAUAUUAGAUACUAU